CGGAACAUGCAUACAUCAUGGCUACAUACAGAUGACCUCUAUGCGUACACCCCAGGCAGGUCGACGUUAGAUAUCGGCGUAGGUGUACUCAACAGAUGUGUAGAUGUUGCCUGCCUUGGGCUGGACUGGACUGGACUUGUCCUAGGUACAUACAUAGUAGGUAUGUAGGUAGGUAAGUACUAUUAGUAAGUACACCUGUGACCUCAGAUCUCUUAACGAACGAUGAUGAACGGCGCCAGCACACUUACUUAGGUAAUACCUAGUCAGAUAUGCGCAGGGGGAGUCUCGGUUUCGACGACGGCGCUGCAAGCUCUCUAAAUGCCUGCUAGCUACGACGGUUCCCACCUGUCAAGAGCUGGUCCUAGGGUGCGCAUUAUAGACAGGGACUCCUCCAAACAUUCUACUGUGUCAGCCAAUAUCAAUGCUGCGUUACUGUGGCGGCCCAAAAGCUCGGGAGCCAAUUUUUCAUCUCGGAGAACUGGUGUCAUCUUCGAUCUCUGCCUGAGCAUCGCAGGUCAUGCACAUACUAGGUGCUGUGUCUGUAUACACGUCCUGAACUCAAGCCGGCUUGGGCCAGCAAUGACUGAUGAGGUGAGUCGCUCUGCAACAGAAUUGGUGGGCGCCUACCUUAUUCCCCACGCCGAUGCGAAACACGUAGGAAGAUGCGUUGUUGGUGUCAGGAAUUACCAAGAUGAACGAAAGAGGCAAAAGAAAGUAACAGACCCCGGGCUCCCUCGAGGCCACUGGAUGCAAUCGUACGAUGCGCAGCGCAACAAAUCACGCGCGGCGAGUUAUGCAUCUCAAACUAAAUCGACCUUGAUCAACGAACGUGCGUGCUUGGUAGGCGCGAUACCAUGCCCUUCGGCGCCCGGCUCCGUAGAUCAGGGACCCGGAACUCGGCGGGUGCGGUUUGCAACGUCACAACUCGGAUCAAACUCGACACAGAGUUCGAGCCUCUAUUGGGCCCUCGGGUCGUCCUCGGGUCGUCCUCCAGGUCGCCCUCCAGGUCAUCAUCGUGGCUUCUUUCCCGCGGCAGCAGAGUGAGCGAGCGGGUUGGGCGCUCUCUACGUAGUAAUCUGUCCGGCCGCAUCCCUCGGCCCGUUUGGAUACUCGUUAGUAGGUGCAUUGUGGGUGACGGAGUGAUUGGUCAGCCUGGAAUAGGGAUCCUUAACCUGCCUGACGAUGCGUCAUGCUGUAGCGUACCUCCUACUGCAGACAUGGGCAGUUGUGGUUGGCGCAAAUGCAACGCAUACCGGUUCUAUGUAAGUAGGAGUGUAGCGUAGUGUCGCGUAGUGUCGCGGGUAGCCACUCGAAAAUGACGGCCCUCCCUAGCCCUACCCAUCGUUCCGCGAACGUGCAUACAUGAUCUACUCAGCAGAUAUUAUUCAGAUAUUAUUGGACUUUAUGUGACGAUGUUGGGGAUCGUAUACUAUGUAGCAGCAGC